AUGGAGUCGAGACUGAGGGCGGUAGCGGAAGAGAGAGUGAAGAGAGUGAAGGAGUGGAAAGAGAGAGAGAAGGCCAAAUGGGACGAUCUUGUCCAGCCGUCUGCACUGUUUGAGGCGGGGCUGGGACCGCAGCCGAAAGGUGGAGACCUCGGCCGGGCAGAGUUGGAGGAGAAGAAAAGAGCGCAGGAGGUAGAGGAUCGAGCCGUUAUGGCCAAGGCCGCGAAGUUGAUGGAGGCGCAGAGGGACCGACCGCCUCAACCGAUCGCGCGGGAGAGGAUCCGACCGCGCCCCAGGCCGUUGGGGGAAAAAGACUUAAGCAGCUUUGAGCCGCGGCCGCCGCCUGUAGACCCUGUAAAAGAAAAGGCCAGAAAGGGGGUGGAGCCUCUGAAAAAGAAGAAGAAGAAGAGGAGUGCCCCAGAGGAAGCUGCAGAGGAGUCUGGGGCCAAGAGGGCGAAGGUGGCCCCAACGGAGGUGGAGGUCCCUGUGGCAAAGGACGCCCCAGAGGUAGUGGAGAUCAUCCCAACGGUGGAGGUUGUGGAGAUUGCUCCACCAGUGCAAGUGGAGGCUGGGGUGAGUGAGGCGGUGCCGAGCGGAGGGGAACAGGUCCAGAAGAGGCCUGACCCCCAGGAAGGAGGGGUUCGUCUGGCUACGGCGAUUUAUCAUGCGCGCACGGUGGCUGGAAGGAAGGCUGGGGCUGCCAAGUUGAAGGCUGAGGAGGCCAGGGCCCAGUUGGCCAAAUUAAAGAAGGAUAGUGCCGACUGGAAGACUGCCCAUGCCGAUCUGCCAGCAGUCAAGUUGGAACUGGAGGACACACGCCGUAAGGUUGUGUCGCUUGAGUUCCAACUGGCUGGUGAACAGAAAAAGUUGGAAGAGGCUGAGAGGGCCUGCGCUGUGGAGUUGGGGGAGGAGCGUGCCAGAGCAGAGGAGGAGAAGGGGAGGCUUCUGAGGGAGUGGGAGAUGGAGAAGGCGAAGGCGGCGGCGGAGCUGGAGAGUCUGAGGAAGGGGGUGGAAGAGGAGAGGGCGACGGCGGCUGCUGAAAGGGGGGCCCUGCAAAGGGAGCUGGACGAGGAGAGGGCGAAGGCGGCGUCUGAAAAGGCGGCCUACCCUGAUCUAUGCGUCGCAGCAGUGGAGCAAUAUAAAGGGUCCCCCGAAUUUCAGAUGGUGGUGGAUGCUGCUGUCGCCAGGAGUCUGGCUGGUCAAGAAGCUGAAGAGCUGUUCCCACACUUGGACCUUAGUAGUGUGACAAUAGGCGAAGAUGAUGUGGCCCAGACCCCCCUGGACGAAGGCGUUGAAGAAGAGGAUCUGGCAUCUAGCGAGGAGGAGUAG